CUUGCAAAAUGAAACCAAGGAAGCAACAUGUCCUGCUGCUGUGGAUUCUACUUUCCUCCACUGUGAUCAAGGAAACUGAGCCCUUCAGCAGUUUCAAAUUCCCUAAUAUCAAAGAGACAUGGAAUUCUAUUUGGGGCGAGAGCUGUAAUUCAUACUGGAUUUCCUUCAACAAGACAGGUCUGAAGGCUGACCUGGGAAACAAACUCUUUGGACAACAUAUUGCUUCAAAUACCAUUUUUAAAUCUGUGAGUGGAUUUAUGAAAGAUAAUAACCCGAAGAAGCCUCUGGUGCUCUCUCUGCACGGACCAACUGGCACAGGGAAGAACUUUGUUAGCCAGCUGAUUGCAGACAAUGUUUACAAGAAGGGAUAUCACAGCAAGUUUGUUCACGUGUUCUCAGCUACACAUCACUUCCCCCAUCGAAGUGAAAUUGUUACCUAUAAAUCUCAGUUACAGGAGUCCAUCAAAAACAGCGUUACAAACUGUGAACGCUCAAUGUUCAUAUUUGAUGAGAUGGACAAAAUUCCUCCUGGUGUGAUUGACAGCAUAAAGCCAUAUUUGGACUAUGGAAAAGUGGAAGGAGUUUUUUUUCAAAGAUCGAUCAUCAUCUUUCUCAGCAAUACAGGAGCAGAUCAAAUUACAAAAACAGCUGUAGAUUUCUGGAAAAAUGGAAAAGAUCGAGAAGAGAUGAUGCUCAAAGAUUUUGAAAGUUUCAUUUCUCCUAUAGUUUUCAACAGUGAUAGUGUACGAUGA